UUGAAAGAAAAAAAAAAAAAAAGAAACAACCAAACAAUUUGCGGUCAAUUAAUUAAGCAAAAAAAUAUUCAAUUUUCUGAAGGAGAAAUCGUUAUAGUUGAAUAAAUAUUUAGCACUUUUUUUUUUUUUAAAUUGAUUACAGAACUCAGGUCUUUUAAAAAUGGCUAAAGAAUUGCAUUCCUUAAGCUGGGAUUAUCUGAUGUUUGCAUUGUUUAUAGCGUUCACCGUAUUUACACCGCUAUGGAAACGUCUAUUUGGUAAAACUAAACAACGUAGCAAAGCUGAUUAUGUAUUUGCGACGGGCGGUGUUUCACUUAUUGCCGUUAUGAUCUCAAUUGCUAGAGGCACUUUGGGUGUGCGCACGGUACUUGGUUAUCCCAGUGAACUUUAUUAUUAUGGCACAGCUAUGUGGGAAGUAAUCUAUGGCAUGGCUAGUGCUUAUCCAAUUGUCUGCUUUGUAUUUGUUCCUAUAUAUUUUAAUUUAGGGAUUACCUCAGUUUAUCAAUAUUUAGAUUUAAGAUUUAAAAGUCUAGUAGUACGACGUUUGGCUUCGGCCAACUAUAUAGUCAGGCAAAUUUGUACAUUGGGCAUUACAGUCUAUACGCCAAGUGUUGCCCUAUCAACAGUUAUUGGUAUACCGUAUUGGGCUUCCAUAACUGGCAUGUCAAUCAUAUGUAUAUUCUUUUCGAUAAAAGGUGGCCUUAAAGCAGCUAUUAACGCUGAUGUUAUACAAACAGUAACUGUGAUUUUGGUAUCUUUAGCUGUUAUAAUAAAAGGAACUAUUUUUAGUGGAGGCGUUAAACAAGUAUACGAAAUCAAUCGCAAUGACGGACGUUUUAGUUUCUUUACAUUUACCGGUGAUUUAACAGUAAGAGUGGAUACAACAUCCGCUUGGUUGGGCCAGUUAUUUAUGUCUUUAUCUCAAUUUGGUUGCCAGCAAAAUUUCAUGCAACGCUAUGUCAGUUUAAAGUCAACGACAGAAGUUAAACGUGCUAUGCUAUCAAAUAUUCCGGUCAUAUUUGUAUUCUUCUCAUUAUCUUGGCUAUGCGGUUUGGUCAUUUAUGCAUCCUAUGCGAAAUGUGAUCCCUUAGCCGAGGGCUAUAUACAGAAACCUGAUGAAAUUUUACCAUUUUAUGUUGAAGAUCAAUUGGCUUUUAUACCAGGAUUUUUAGGCAUUUUUAUGGCGACUUUAUUCAAUGGUGCUUUGUGUAUGAUGGUAUCUAAUUUAAAUUCUUUGGCUACAGUUGUAUGGGAAGACUUCUUAUCUUUUCUCCCGCAACUUAAAGGUCUUAGUGAUAAGCAGCAACUGGUUGUAAUUAAAACUGUAACGGCCGUCUUUGGUUUAAUUGUUAUGGGUGUGGCAUUCAGUGUGGGUUUGCUAUCAGGCGUUACCGAAUCUUCAAUGCUGACUUUUUCAGCAACUUCCGGGCCUUUGUUGGGCUGCUUUAUUUUGGCCAUGCUGAUACCCAUUGCCAAUUGGAAGGGCACUUCGAUUGGCAUGAUAUCUUCGUGUGCUAUAGUUGUAUGGAUGACUGCUGGUGGUUUAACUAUUGACAAGAGCGCACGUACUCAAUUACUUCCAACGUCCACAGAGGGUUGCUCGAAUUUCACAUUUUCACAAUCGAUACAUAAACCCUUAACAAACGAAUUUUCAAUUGUGCCUAAACUCACAUCAUGGGAUGAUCCCAAUAGCAGUAAAUUUGCAAAAAUUGCAAAUGAUACGUGGCUUUUAAGUUCGUCAGUUGCAGCACUUGUACCAACGGCGGCCACAGCAGAGAGAACGCCAUUGCAGUAUUUUUAUUCCAUUAGCUACAUGUACUAUAGUCUUAUAGGCACAGCGUUGACAGUGAUUAUUGGCAUUAUAGGCAGCUAUUUGACACAAGACCCCAAGGACAUGUACGAUGCGAAAUUGCUGCAUCCAAUUGUGUUUAAACUCUAUCAACAUUUUCCCGGUAAAAAACCUUAUUAUGUGAAAGAUGUCGAAUACACCUGCGAUAGUGUUGGCAGUGGCGCUAAUACUACUCGUGGCAGUGGUAAUUGUUGUACUAGUAAUGGUGGCAUUGAGAACGCUAGCAACGGUAUUGGCAUUGCUGCCAAAAUUAAUCAUGCUUUUGAGCCUCAAAAUGAAGGCAAUAUAAUAAUUGCUGCUUCAGCUACGGAUGCUGCUAAUAACACUACCGUUACUACUAUAGAUGGUGACGAUAAAAAAAAAGCGAAAAAUCCAAUGGAUGUUAGUUUCACACCAAUAACAACGAAAUUCACUAAUGGCCGUUCAGCGUACGCUUUCAAUAGAUGUACUAGUGAUGAUGAGAGAGACCAACACCAUAACGGGCUAUCAAAUAUAAAUACAACAACAACACCAACAACGACAACACCAACAACGACAACAACAACAACAAGAAUAACAAUGCCAAGUGGGACAUAUCGUCAAAUGACCGAAAAGGAAACGUUGUGAUUAUCUUUCAACACAACAAUAACAACAAUAUGUAGCAUAUAAAUAUUUGCGUCAUGUACGAUGUUAAUCGAAAAAAAGACAUAUAUGUAUGUAUGUAUGUAUGUACGUAUAUAUAUAUAUAUAUAUG